UCCCGUUUGAUAUAUCAAACGUAUCCUCGACUCGCCUGAGCUUGGUUUCCCCACCCGAUCACGCCGCCGGUAAACGUGCUACUCAAAACCUUCGAGAUGUCUGAUUCUGAUAUGGACAUUGACGACGACGACGUCGUCCAAGUACAAGUACAACAUACAAUGCCUGGAUUACUCGCUAGACCAAUAGAAGCUCCCGAUUCCCAUAACUAUGAGAUGAGAAAGGAACCAUGCGGCAGCUACAGGAACUUGCAACCUGAUGUUACUGGAAACACAGGGGAAAAUAUUAUGUUGGGAGAUGAAAAAGGCACUGUUUUGUCAAGGUUUCCUUGGAAUGGACCAGAGCAUAAACGUCCACCACUUCCCUGCAACUUUUUCCUUCAAGGGAACUCCUGCAGGUUUCUUCAUGUGAAGGAGAACACGAAUCACACUAGGCAGCAACAUAUGGCUGCAACCAGUGGUAUCCAGUCUGUUGAAGGAAGAAGACCAUCGGGGAGCAAAGAAGGUGGAAGAUUUUCCUCGUUAGGAGAAAAUGGCGUGAUGCCUUCCGUGAAUCCACCAGGUGGUCAGAGAGCUUUCCCUUUCACCAACGAGAAUCACUUUAUGCCUUCAUUGGGAAACAUGGGAGGAGGAAGUCUACAAAAGGGUGGUGCUGUUUUCACUGAGGACAAGCCUGUGUUUGUUAAUAGCACUAGUUCCUUCCCAUUGAAAAGGAGCUUUGUUCAAGAACAUGGAGCUUCUAUCACUUCCUAUGGAAAAACAGACAUGGGAUCUUCCGGACCAGCCUUGACAGGAUCAUUGUUCAGUUCUGCUCCUAUGAAUCAGUAUGCUUCUAACUUGGGGAAUUUUGAAAACAGGAGUGAUACAAACGGAUCUGGAUCACCACCGAUGGUGGAAGCUAUUUCUGUUUCAUCCGUUCAAGAUGCAGAAGUCGACAGGACUAGCAACAAGAAGAAAGUUUCUUCACAUGAUUGGGAACCUUCUGAACCUUUUCGAGCAUCUUUCACAAUUCCACCUUAUAUACUUCCCUCGUCUGAUGCCCUCUACGAUCCUUUCACGGAUAUAGAGACUCCACAAGACAUAUCUCUUACUGCUCCAUCGUCAAGUAAAGGGAGAGAUGCACAGAAAAAGUCUGGCCAGGAGAAAGAUGGUGAUUCUGCUAGUGAUAAUAAAACCAGUUCAUGUAUCAAUAAUCAGUAUCAAGAAUCUGUGGCGACGAAGAAUUUGGAAGCACAUGGAGUGGUGGAGGGGGUGGCUAUUUCGGUUGUUGAUCAAAAUGAUGCAACAACACCAAGCAAAGAAGUUUCUUCUUCGGUGGCUACAGAGAAUAGAUCUGUUUUAAAAAGAAGCAAACCUGCAGGGCACGGAUCUUGGCGUAGAAGUGACGGCUCUUCACAUCAAAAGUUGUUGAAAUCAGAUGAGAGAGAUGGUGAAGUGAGGUCAGACGCAGGGACCAAAGCAAUGAGACAGUUCCGGACUGCAGUUGUGGAAACCAUCAAAGAAAUGGUGAAACCGUUGUGGCGUGAAGGACGUCUUACCAAAGAAGUGCAUAACAUGGUAGUUAAAAGAGCUUCUGAAAAGAUAGUCAGCGCUGCUGUCCAGUCCCAUCAGGUGCCGACUGACUCAGCAUCCGCUGAUCAGUAUCUUAGUAUGUCUGCAACCAAGAUUGUGAAGCUUGUGGAGGUGAAUCUCUUCUUAUACACUUCAGCAGGGAUAUGUUGAAAAGUAUGGUAAACCUAAGCCCUAAGGUAUCAUCAAAUCAAACGCCACCUUACAUGGUGGCAUGAGGGCAAGCUAAAAUGAUAUUCUUGUAAAUUAUGUCGUCCUUCUUUUCCUAAGUUAGGACUUUGGCAGCUAUUUUCUUGGAUCUCUUUUCUUAUCCUUUACAAAUGAUGGAAGAAGGUUGGAACUGGAGAUGUGUAUACAUUGUACAACUCAUCAAAGCUUGGUUAAUGCUUAGAAACAGCGUAUUGCCUUGGAAAGAUAAUGGGUUAUUUUCAUUGGUUGUAACCUUGUAGAGAUGCGCUUAUAUAUUAUAUAGUUACUAGUA